AUGAUCAGUGAAGCUCACAGACCUUGUGUUGCUGGUUUUACAGAGGUGGUUAAGGACAUUGCUGUUGAGGACACUGCUGUUGAGGACACUGCUGUUGAGGAAACUGCUGUUGAGGAAACUGCUGUUGAGGAAACUGCUGUUGAGGAGACUGCUGUUGAGGACAUUGCUGUUGAGGACACUGCUGUUGAGGACACUGCUGUUGCUGCUGGCAGACCAGCUGGUCUCCGUCAAACUCGUUUCAGUUUCUGCCUCGAUGGUUGGCAGAGUUUCUCCGGCAAGUGCUACUUCUUAGCCAACCAUCCUGACAGCUGGGCAGACGCUGAGAGAUUCUGUGCUAGCUACGACGGCAGUCUGGCCUCAGUCGGCAGCAUCUGGGAGUAUAACUUCCUCCAGCGCAUGGUCAAGACCGGUGGCCACGCGUUUGCCUGGAUUGGAGGUUACUACUUUGAGGGUGAAUGGAGAUGGGAAGAUGGCUCACGGUUUGACUACUCCAACUGGGAUACAUCAAGAUCCACUGCAUACCACCAGUGCCUGCUGCUCAACUCUCAAGUGUCCAAGGGCUGGUCCAACAAUCGCUGCAACAUGCCCUUCCCAUUCGUGUGUCAGGUCAGGCAGUUGGACUGUUAGUCCUCGGUGUUACUGCUGAAGAUGAUCCUGAUGCUGCUGUUUAUGUGAAGGAAUGUAUGUCCCUGUCAUGUUUUACAUAUAUGUUCUGUGUAUGAAAUAAAAAUGUGUUG